ACUGCUUGGAAUUCUUGGGACUACCUGGUCGGCAAUCUUGCGUUUUAGAGUUAGUGGAGCAACGAUAAGUGCGGUCUGUUGCUGUAGGUGUAUUCUGCAGUCGCCACUUCGCGAAUCAACAGGUCGACGGAGAUCAGCGUCGUUUAAAAAGCUGAGCGGUCCGGUUUUCUUCGAACGCGAGUUGCUAGAAAAUGUACCGGUACGAUCGAGGGGCAACCCGGAACACGGACAGCCGGUGAGAGAGAGAGAGUUUUAUCUUCGAGAGCGUCUGCGAGGUGUACGAAUAAAUUCCUCGCAUUCCAACGCUGGCCCAAACUCCCGCGGGGCCAGCAUCUAGAUGAGAAUGUUACUUUUGUGAUUACUCAUUCGGUGACAUCCGAGGAAUGCGCUAGAAUAAGAUCUUGCAUCGCACGAGACGACUCCUACAUUGUGGAAUGUGUGGUAUAGGUUGACAGAAAGAAAAGGUGCUGGAUAAUCCAAAUGGAUAACAAAAGCCCAUUAUGGCCCAGCAUCUGCAGACACAGCAUCAACACGAAUUUUUACCACUGUGCGAUGUAUUGUUCAACAUAAUCUCUCUUGCAUCGUAUUUCUGCGACGUUGUCUUCGACUUUGCGAUGGUAUAUGCUCUUGCUCAACAUUCCGUAGCACCUCCAGUUCUAUUUCCUCUAAGCAUUGUUCUUAUAGCAACUUCAUUGAUCAUUUCUCAGAUUAUUAGCGUAAGAUGGUAUUUAUGGGGAGCCAGGGGCAAACUAACGGGUAACUCUAUAACAGAUUGCAAUAUUAAUGGAAAGAAAGAAAACGGAAAUUGGACAAUAUGGUGUGUUUUGUUGCUUCAUUCGACUCAAGUUGGAGUAUUGUGGAGAUACUUCAAAUUAUUUAUCCCGGUUAAUUUAACCUAUGUUAAACAUGAGGUGAGAGAACUUUGCGUGCUACGCCUUAUUCAUGCAUUCUGUGAAGCUGCACCAAUGUUACUUCUACAGUUGUAUCUAUUGUCGAUUGGAGUCAAUAAUGAUUCAAAUACUGACGUUGGAAAAACGAAGGAAACCGACAGUAGAGACGGUGAUAAGUUAGCAAAAUUAACUGCAGUGUCUGCUGGUCUAUCUUUGUGGAGCGUGUGUUGGGCGGUCGCUAGUUUUAGCAAAGGUGCAGCACGUCUUCGUAAUUUAGAACGUUUGGUAUUGACAUGGCUAGGUGUGCUGGCACAACUAGCAUGGCGUUUAGGAACUGUAAGCGCUAGAGUAGGAGUAUUGGUAGCUUAUGCUUCACUCUACGGUGGACAGUGGUUAUUAAUUGUCAUGGCUCUCCAUUGGUUGUCAAUGUUGAUGUGGCUAUUACUUACUCCGGAUGGUCUUUUUCAUGGUGGAGAGCAUUUACCUAUUUUAAGAAAAACGUCCUUAGCUUCUCUCCUUGCGUUUGUUUACAUAUUUGCAUACGUAAAUUUACACGAAACGAAUCAUCGUCAAAAGAUGGUAAUUUUUUACACGGUAAUGUUUUUAGAAAAUAGUCUGCUCAUUGGUGUUUGGAUAGUUGGUGUCAACAGAACAGAUCUUCUCCCGCACCAGCCUCAUCCAAACCCUGUAACUUUAGUACUUACAUUAUUAGCUUUAUUUUUCGGUGGUAUGUUUUUCAUGGGACUUUAUUAUAGGUUUUUUCAUGUACGGAGAUUAAGGUACGAAUCUGGCGGCAGAAUGACAGCCUCAAAUCUCACGGCGUUAUCAAAUCAGGACAAUCUAGAAGAAAAGCAAAUAGAAUAUACGGAAGAUAAGAAGUUAAAUAUGAACAUAGGAAUGAGAAGAGUCAAAUUGAGUAAUGGCGGAAUACCGGGAGUAUUUAAUUGCCGUUUUGCCAAUCCAGCUGUAGUAAAUCCGAAUCGCAAGAAGAAAAAACCGACAACGUUCGUACCUCCGCCGCCACCGCAGUCUCAAACUGGAACUGUUACAACCUCAAUGAAUACAGUGACCGAGUCGAAACAGUGGCUUGGUGUAAAUAGCAAUUCACGUCAAUUAAUACCGUUUUGGAAGAAAUCUGUAAAUUCUGGCAUACUACAGAAUGAUCAUUCAAAUGAAGAAAAAACUAGAACAGACGCUGCGACUGCUGGCUCUCUGAAUGUGAAUUUAAUAAGAGAGAAACUCCAAGAAAAAAAACAACAGCAAUUAAGAGAAUUAAGAGCAAUUCAGGAAGAGAUAAAAGAAGGGAAAUUAUUUCCCCCGCCGUCAGCUUCAGCGUCCUCGUUUUCAUCGUCGCCUGCGUCGAAUCAACAACCACCACCUAAUACAAAGUUGCACACUUCUCCUAGUUCUCCUUUAUUCACGUCUGAACCAUCGAUGGGCGAUCAGAGUGGAGGAGUAACCUUAUCUUCGUGGCCACCAGUGAAAAUGCACUGUCUUUUACCUCCUCCACCAUCGUCCUCGUAUUAUCCAAACGUUCAUCCUUCAAAUUCAUGGAGGACAACGCAAAGAGAAAGAGCGGAUACUCCAGAAAUUUUGCUUGCACCACGUUGUCUUCCUCAUCAUUAUUCUCACUGGACGCCGUCUACUCAUGUCAAUCAUCGUCAAAACGGUGGAGAGGAAAGUUCUAAAGGUGAGGGAGACGUAGAAGGUGAACUUAGCGAUAUGGAAGGUAGUCAGGUAUCACUGCCUCGAAGCUAUACUCUACCACGUGAAUUUAAGUAUCAUCAUCCAAAUAGCACUGCCAGAGAGCGGGAACGACGUGUAGGAAAUAAUAAAGUUCCAGCUUCACGUUUUUAUUUACCUUCUACUAAUAGUUCUGAUGGAGAUGUAGAUAGUGCGGACAAUGAAGAAGAAACAGAUUCUGAGGUACAUUAUCGUAUGAAGAAUAAUCAUGGGUGCAACAAUCACAGCGAAACGCAGCAACAGCAGCAGCAACGGUUUGCAUUUGAAGAUAAUAACAAAAACGAAUUUUUAAAUUCAGAUUCUGCAGCGACUGUUAUCAUGUCUGGAAAUUAUUUAAAUAAUUCUCAAGGACUACUUCGACCAAGUCAAUUAUUUCGAAACAGGGUUAAACACGAAACGAAGCUUUGAAGCUUCUGUCAUUAUCGAUGUAGUAUUUUAGAAAUUGUAUAAUAGCUAAUUGAGGGUUUAAAACAAAAAGACUGUACAUGAGAUCUAUUUUUAUAAAAUUACUCAUUUCUUACACGCAAAUUUUCUAACAUUUUUUAUAAUGUUUAGGAUUAACAUUCCUAAGAGUUAAAUACUAACCAUAAUAUUUGUACAUAAAAUAGGGAUGAUGUAGACUUAUUUUGAUAAUACUAUUGCAUUUGUUCCUUGUAAAUAAUGAUUAUUUUUACAAUCCAGCUAUAUACGACUUAAAAAAUUUUAAUAUUUUUUACG